AUGCCAUAUGAAAGGCCUCGUAGUUUAUCAACGCCUUAUCAGCGGUCGUCUACGCCAAAAUUUACUUACUUAAGUAAAUUUUGCGAUGAGCAAAUUAAUAAUCGAAAGCAGCUAGAAGAACUUUCAAUUCCACCAUCACUACAGCGCUUCAUAACUGCUCCAAACUCUCGACCGCCUUCUAGUCCUCAAUUAUCAUAUGCAAAUAUCGGUACUUUUCAAAAAUAUUUGCAUAUGGUAUCAGCACAUUUAUCGUCAGAAAAUGCAACAAAUCCAAACUAA